GUUGAGCGAACUGGGCCGGCAGCGACGACCUCCUUAACAGUGGGGACUCGUAUUCUGGAGGUUAAUGAUGAGUCUCUGCUGGGAUGCUCACAGGAAGAAGCAGCUCGUGCUCUGCGUCGAUCUGGCAACAAUGUGCCUUCUCCACCUCAGGUACGAGCCAGCAUCGACACAAAACGAGGAGCAGCAUCUGGCAGCGAUCGCCACGAAGCUUGUCCCAGUGCUUUGUCAAAUUCGGAUACUCAGGGAAUAUUAAAUAGCACUGCUACAUCACUUUCACCAGUGGUAACACGCGCUUCCGAAAUAACUACAACUGUUGCGUCGAUUUCGGAUGAUGGCCCACUGGCUACUUCUUCACCACUUCCGCCUUCUUCGGUAUCCCUUUUAGCGAUCAGUGUCUUCCUCAUGCAUGAAACUGUCUUUGUGUAG